UCAGCUUCUCCCAGAGGAAUCAACAGUAGCCUUUCAUGAAGAACUGCCUUUUCCCACUUGCUGCUGGAGUUAACAGUGUUUCCUGCUGGCAAAAUAGGGGACAUGCCAGCACUAGCGGGAUGAGUGGGUACUCCAGCGGGGAUGUGGUCAUUGCCGGCCAGUGAGGGCGAGAGAGCCACAGCCCACUUCUUCCUUGGAGCUGGAGAUGAGGGGCUGGGCACCCGUGGAAUAGGCAUGAGGACAGAAGAGAGUGACAGCGAGCUCCUUGAAGACGAGGAGGAUGAAGUGCCUCCUGAGCCUCAAAUCAUUGUUGGCAUCUGUGCUAUGACCAAGAAAUCAAAGUCCAAGCCAAUGACCCAAAUCUUAGAGCGACUCUGCAGAUUUGAUUAUUUGACUGUUAUCAUCCUGGGAGAAGAUGUGAUCCUUAAUGAACCUGUGGAAAAUUGGCCAUCUUGUCACUGCCUUAUCUCUUUCCACUCUAAAGGCUUUCCUCUGGACAAAGCUGUUGCAUACUCCAAACUUCGAAACCCCUUUCUUAUCAAUGACCUGGCAAUGCAGUAUUACAUCCAGGAUAGGAGAGAGGUGUACCGGAUCCUUCAGGAAGAGGGUAUUGAUUUGCCUCGGUAUGCUGUGCUCAAUCGUGACCCUGCACGGCCUGAAGAGUGCAACUUGAUAGAAGGUGAAGACCAGGUAGAGGUCAAUGGAGCUGUCUUUCCCAAGCCUUUUGUGGAGAAGCCAGUGAGUGCAGAGGACCACAAUGUUUACAUCUACUACCCCAGCUCAGCUGGAGGAGGAAGCCAGCGCCUUUUCCGUAAGAUUGGAAGCCGAAGCAGCGUAUACUCUCCUGAGAGCAGCGUCCGAAAGACAGGGUCAUAUAUCUAUGAGGAGUUUAUGCCAACGGAUGGCACAGAUGUCAAGGUGUAUACAGUGGGGCCAGAUUAUGCUCAUGCUGAAGCCAGAAAGUCUCCUGCUUUGGAUGGGAAGGUCGAACGAGACAGUGAAGGGAAAGAGAUCCGCUAUCCAGUCAUGCUGACCGCCAUGGAAAAGCUAGUCGCCAGGAAAGUCUGCGUAGCUUUUAAGCAAACAGUUUGUGGAUUUGACCUUCUUCGUGCCAAUGGUCACUCCUUUGUGUGUGAUGUUAAUGGCUUCAGUUUUGUCAAGAACUCAAUGAAAUACUAUGAUGACUGUGCCAAGAUUUUGGGAAAUACCAUAAUGCGAGAGCUUGCCCCACAGUUCCAGAUCCCAUGGUCUAUCCCCACAGAAGCUGAGGACAUUCCCAUUGUCCCUACCACAUCUGGGACUAUGAUGGAACUUCGUUGUGUCAUUGCAAUUAUCCGCCAUGGGGAUCGUACUCCCAAACAGAAGAUGAAGAUGGAGGUUACACACCCAAGGUUUUUUAGUCUAUUUGAAAAACACGGUGGCUACAAGACAGGGAAGUUAAAAUUAAAGCGGCCUGAGCAGCUGCAGGAGGUGCUGGACAUCACAAGACUGCUUCUGGCUGAACUAGAGAAAGAACCAGGUGGUGAAAUCGAAGAGAAGACUGGAAAACUAGAACAGCUGAAAUCUGUGCUGGAGAUGUAUGGUCACUUCUCAGGCAUCAACCGGAAGGUGCAGUUGACUUACUACCCUCAUGGAGUAAAGGCUUCUAAUGAGGGGCAAGACCUGCAGGGGGAGGCUCUGACCCCUUCGCUAUUGCUGGUACUGAAGUGGGGUGGAGAGCUGACUCCUGCUGGCCGAGUUCAGGCUGAGGAGCUGGGAAGAGCUUUUCGCUGCAUGUACCCUGGAGGACAAGGUGACUAUGCUGGCUUUCCUGGUUGUGGGCUGCUUCGUCUUCAUAGCACUUUCCGCCAUGAUCUCAAGAUCUAUGCUUCUGACGAGGGUCGAGUACAGAUGACUGCUGCUGCCUUUGCCAAGGGUCUUCUGGCUCUGGAAGGGGAGCUGACACCCAUUUUGGUACAAAUGGUGAAGAGUGCCAACAUGAAUGGGCUUCUGGACAGCGAUAGUGAUUCCUUAAGUAGCUGCCAGCACCGGGUGAAAGCUCGACUGCACCAUAUUUUGCAGCAGGAUGCACCCUUUGGACCUGAGGAUUACGAUCAGUUGGCUCCCACUGGAAGCACUUCUCUUCUCAACUCCAUGGCUGUCAUUCAGAAUCCUGUGAAGGUCUGUGAUCAGGUAUUUGCCCUGAUUGAAAACCUCACUCACCAGAUCCGGGAACGGAUGCAGGACCCCAAGUCUGCAGACCUGCAGCUCUAUCACAGUGAGACACUUGAGCUAAUGCUACAGCGUUGGAGCAAGCUAGAGCGAGACUUUCGACAGAAGAGUGGGCGCUAUGAUAUCAGUAAGAUCCCUGAUAUCUAUGACUGUGUCAAGUACGAUGUGCAGCACAAUGGGAGUCUGGGACUUCAAGGCACAGCAGAGUUGCUUCGUCUCUCUAAGGCAUUGGCUGAUGUGGUCAUUCCCCAGGAGUACGGGAUCAGUCGGGAGGAGAAACUGGAAAUUGCUGUGGGCUUCUGUCUUCCACUGUUGCGGAAGAUACUACUUGACCUGCAGAGAACCCACGAGGAUGAGUCUGUCAACAAGCUGCAUCCCCUGUACUCCAGAGGAGUGCUCUCCCCAGGCCGCCAUGUUCGAACACGGCUCUAUUUCACCAGUGAAAGCCACGUCCACUCCCUACUCAGUGUCUUCCGUUAUGGUGGACUUCUUGACGAGACCCAGGAUGCACAGUGGCAGCGAGCACUAGCUUACCUUAGUGCCAUCUCAGAGCUCAACUAUAUGACUCAGAUUGUCAUCAUGCUUUAUGAGGACAACACACGGGAUCCUUUAUCAGAGGAACGGUUCCAUGUGGAGCUGCACUUCAGCCCUGGAGUGAAAGGUGUGGAGGAAGAAGGCAGUGCCCCAGCUGGCUAUGGAUUCCGUCCAGCCUCUUCCGAGAAUGAGGAGAUGAAAACAGACCAAGGCAGCAUGGAGAACCUGUGCCCAGGGAAGGCAUCAGAUGAGCCAGACCGGGCCCUGCAGACUUCACCCCAGCCUUCUGAGGGUCCUGGCCUCCCAAGGAGAUCACCCCUCAUCCGUAACCGAAAAGCUGGCUCCAUGGAGGUACUUUCUGAGACUUCAUCCUCAAGGCCUGGUGGCUACCGACUCUUUUCAUCUUCACGGCCACCGACAGAGAUGAAACAGAGUGGCCUAGGCUCACAAUGCACAGGGUUGUUUAGCACCACUGUGCUGGGCGGCUCGUCCAGUGCCCCGAAUCUUCAGGACUACGCCCGCAGCCAUGGCAAAAAGCUACCACCUGCCAGUCUGAAGCACCGAGAUGAGCUCUUGUUUGUCCCGGCCGUAAAAAGAUUUUCUGUGUCGUUUGCAAAGCAUCCGACUAACGGAUUUGAAGGGUGCUCCAUGGUGCCUACCAUCUACCCCCUGGAAACACUGCAUAAUGCCCUUUCCCUGCGUCAAGUGAGUGAGUUCUUAAGCAGAGUCUGCCAGCGUCACACUGAUGCUCCAGCACAGGCUUCUGCAGCCCUUUUUGAUACUAUGCACAGCAACCAGACAUCUGAUAGCGCAUUUUCCCCACCACGAACUCUUCAUUCACCUACCCUACAACUUCGGCAACGCUCUGAGAAGCCCCCUUGGUACAGCAGUGGUCCUUCCAGCACUGUGUCCAGUGCUGGUCCUUCCUCCCCUACUGCAGUGGAUGGUAACUGCCAUUUUGGCUUCAAUGAUCAUCACUCCUUAAGCUCACAUGUGACUGAAGACCGUCAAGGUCAUGGGCUUCUUCAGGAGACCCCUGGGAAUGGAGCCCAAGAGCUUGCCAUAGAAGGGGAGCAAGAACCUUUUAAACCAAACCAGUCUCCACAGGAACCAUCUGUGGAAACCAGCCAGCCAUGCCAGAGAGUUGCUGAGGAGAUCAGCCAGUUGUUCCAGGAAGUCCCUGACAUCAGCCAGCCAUGCCAGGACACCCCUGAAGAAAUCAGCCAUCCAUGCCAAGAGGUCUCUGACAUCAACCAGCCAUGCCAGGAUAACCAAGACCAUGUUAAUCAGACACAUCAGGAGGUUCCUCAGAUCAGCCAACCAUGCCAGAAGGCUAGCCAGCGGUGCCAGAGUGUCUCUGAGGAAGUUUUUCAGGUUUGCCAGAAGACCCCCGAGGAGGUCAGCCAGCCAUGCCAGGGAGUCCCUAGGGAGGUUGGCCAGCUGGUCCAUGGAUUUCCUAUGGGAGUCAGUGACUUAGAAACAGAAAUUCUGGUGGAAGUUGGUAAGCCUACCCAAGAGGUCUCUGAAGAACUCAGCCAGCCAUGCCAGGAGUUCUCUUUGGAGGUUGGCAGGCUGGCCCAAGAGGCUUCAGCAAUCAAUCUGUUGUCUCAGAACAUCCCUGAGGUUGAUAAUCCAUCCCAAGAGUUACCUGGAGAGGGUGAUCUGCAGGUCCAGGAGGUCUCUGAUAAGGUUAGUCAGCCUCCCUUAGUGGUCCCUGAGAUGACUUACCUGCUACCUGGAGAGGAUAUUCCUGAAGCCCAGGAUCCAUGUAAUGAUCCAAACCCUCAGAGCCACUCUCCACUCCAUGACCAGCACUCACCCUUUCCACCAGCAACAUGUGAUUGAUCAUUUUCUCAUUCAUGGUGUCACACUAUACCAGCCAUUUGAGUUAGCCCCUUUUUCUGCCAGCUAACUCACCUGCCAGCAUAAGGCGUUGGGCCUCAUUAGAGGUAUCCAAGGAAGCACUCCUCUUGGCAUGAAGCACACUUGUGCCCAAGCUGGGCUUGGGGAGGAGCCAAUUUCAUGUUCAAAGUAGCCAUUGACUCCUCACCUAGCUUUUAGACUUAAAUAAGAUUUCCUUCAAGGAGUGGGUUGGUCUAUAUCCGACCUCCUCAGCGCAUCCCAGGGAAUCCCAGAGUGUUAAAGGAAAUGCCACUUAAAUGCUGAAGACACCAUAUGAGCACAGCAAGUUCAAAACUGGACUCCAUAGUCUCCACUUUUCCUGGGGAAAUACAAUUUCUCAAACUACCCUUAGACCAUAUGUGCAUUCAGGGGGACUUUGUCUUUGCUAGCACUCCUCAAGUGGACCCAUGGUGGGUCUCUCUCUGCAAUGUUUAGGAAAAAAAGAGAGUCCCCUUUGCAAAUAAGCAUCAAUCAUGGCCAGUAAUUUUUAGACUGGGCUUGUGGGUAUUUUCAUAUCAUCCUUAAGUGUCCUCUCUGCCCCAGUCCUAUUCAUCUGGGCAACAGCUUCAGAGAAAAAGAGAUUGCUAUGAAAAUUCCAGAAUAACUACUUAAAAAUGCUUUGGCAGUUCUUGGCCAAUCUGUGAAGGUGGGUCUUCUUUUGUUGUGGGGCUGCUUGGUUUAGGAGAUGAGAUAGUAGAGAGAAUCACAUUCUAUUUUAAGCAAUCAGCAAACAUCAAUACUGUACAGACAUGAACAAAGAGCAAAUAUACAUAUAUAUGUAUAUAUUACAUACAUAUAAUAUAUAUGUAUAUACACAUAACCUAUACAUGCACAUAUACAUAUAUAUAUAUUUCUGUAGGAGGGUUAGGGACAGAUUUGGCCAAAGACCAAACACUCCAGGGUCCCCAAGAGGUUUACCCUAAUAUUGUGUUUGGGGGGCCAGGUGCGAUUAUGAAGCUUUUCCCAAAGAUAUGGGGGUGAACAAGAGGGGUAAUGUGGUCAUUGGAAUGGGAGGCCGGAACAUUAUGAGUGCUCAAUAAAUUUGAAAUAAUGAGAAUGGUAGUGAUGGUGAUAAUGUCCUUGAGAAUUCAAGAAUGAAGAUGACUGUAAGUCAGUCAUAUCUGUGUUGAAUUAAUCUGAACCACUCAAAGAGACUGUAGAUAAACAGAAAGGGGGCUAUAAAAACAAAGAGAUCAUGAGGUCCCUAUGGCAAUCAGCCCACCAUUGCAAGAAGUCUUAAAUGUUGCAGGGGAGAGAGGUUCUUUCUCUGUGGAGCACCAGAAGAGGUAUAUACCUUCCCACCAGAUUACUUGAAAUAACCCCUUACUUUUUCAUUUUUAUAUCUGUAGUGUUAGGAGUUGCUAUAAAAGGGCUAUGCUCUUUAUUUACCCCUUGACAUUAUUACAUUAAGAAAUCCCACAAGACUGGAAGGAUUCAAAUACAUCCCUUUCCACAUUGAUGCAUUCACAUUUACAGCCUGGCCUUUGUCAUGACCCUAAACUGGAAAAGGUUUCAUCGUGGGAAUGAGAGGUUUUUCAACCUCAUUAAGCCCCUCCGUUCCUUACCUCUUUGGUGGUCCAGUCCCCUUUUGAAGCUUUCUAAUGUUGGUUAUCAGGCCUUCACUUCUUGAUCCAUUGUAUAUAGAUCCCCUUUCCAGGAGUCUCCCUGCCUUUUCUCCCUUCUCAGACCAAAUCAAAUGUAUGUCCCCACCCUAUUCAGUAUACUCCAGUAUUCUUACCCGUUUUUAGAAGAUAUGCUGGUUCCCUAUCUCUUUCUCUCCCUUUGCCCACUCUAUCUCCUCUGGGUUUCCUGGGUCCUGGAAGUGCUUCCAGUUAUUGAAGGCACUGAGAUAAAUGACAAUGCUGGGAGAAGCAGAGGUAGAAGCCGGGGGCCCAGCAACUAAGCAAUGUGUGGAGUCAGAAAACGCCUAAACAGCACUACCGCAUCUGUAAUGAACUUCAUUUAUUGUUAGAGUUGGAGGCGGCUCUGUUACAGCAGCUGGGAACUAUAGCAGGGAAGUGUGGGGGGAGGAGCAGAGCACAGCAGCACCGGGAGGGUGGGAGCUAAGAACACAAGGCGGGCUCAUUUUGGUUUCCACAGUCAUUUGGCAGAGAAGCCAAGCCCUGAUGAGCAAGCGUCUGGAUUUCUCGGUCCAGCAGUAGUCUGGCAGGGCUGCUCAUAGACUUGCUUGGGGUGAGGUCCUCAUCUGGGGUAGUAUUUUCGGCCUGUUUUCUUCUCACUCAGUAGGACUCAAGCUUUAGCUCAACUUAGCCUCCCUCUUUCUCUCCUCCCUCUCCUUUCCCCAAG